AUGCACACUGCAGUUAAUAAUGUCAAGCAGACGCAUGAAGUACACAAGUUGGGAAAGACUCGAGAUAUCAUGGACGAGGUUAACUGUCUGGUUGAUAGCUUAAAGGAUACAAACCCCACCCCUGUACGCAGCUUUAGUUGCUGGAAACUGGCUCGCAAGUGCAUCUCACCUGUCUUCUGUAAGAAACUUCGUGUCCAUGGGAGGGUCACAGAAAUCUUUAGCCACCUACAUGAUGCCUGCUCUGACCCUUGUUUGGCACUGAUCACCUCUGCCAUGAUGUUCUUGCUUAGUCGUGAUUCUCUGAACAUGGAACUUAAUCAGGACAACCUCAACCUGAUGCUAAGACUAAAAAAGGUUGACGCUGCUGAGCGCGGUUGUCUGGGCGCAUUUGCUUUGAAUAAACUGGAGAAGUUCAAGUCGACGGUCAUGGAAAUAUUGGUAAAGUUGCCACAGGAAACACCUGCCAGAGAAAUUGACCUGGGCUUUGUCACCACCGGUAACCUUGCCAUGGAGUCCUUGCUGAGCUUGACAUUUAAACAGGCUGGUGGAUUGUUUAAAGAGUGGUCUCCUUGGGGCCUCAGCCAUAUUGUGGAUUUUGUGACAGAUUGUGAACAUACCCUGCCAGAGGAUAUCUCACAGGACAUCCAGAAGACUUUACCUGUUCUCAGAAAGCUAAAUCGCUGUCUUGAGGUCUUGGCCAAUAUAACCUUGUUGAAAUCUGACAGCCAGAUCUAUCUGAUCUCCUACAAAAAUGCAGUAUUAGUUCAGGCUUGUACAAGAAUAUUGCUCUGGUGCCAGACUUGUAUGCCUUCUUACAAGAUGCUAGAAAAUGUGGAAAAGAACAAAGCGCUGAAAGAUUUCCCUGGGUACACCAUCUUGACUUGCAUGCUGGCUGCGUUGACGGUUUUGAAUAUUGUGACUGUAGAGAAUGAGCUGAGGAAUCUGGACUCGGAGAUGGAGACCUCUCUGAUGGAAACCAUCGUUCAGUGCUUGACUACAGCACAUUGGUAUAUCCCCACGGAGAAAAGGUUCGAGUUGGACUUAUUGUGCCUUGGCAUACUGAGGGGCCUGGUUCAGCACAAAGAAUCUUACCGCAAGAUCAUGAUGAGCCUGCAGACGGAUGUGAAGUACACAGAGAAGUCACAACCUAAAACCAUGAGUGCCAUCAAGGCAGUAGUGGAGCUGUUUGUCCAGAGGGAAGAGGCUGCCGGUAAUAUGUACGAUGACACCUCGGAGGAAGAUGAGGACAAUCAGAGCAUCCUGGAGGAUGACGAUGAGUCAUAUACAGAAGGUCACUU